ACACGCCUCUGUGAUCUGAGGAGGACGGGACAGGAAAAAAGAGAUCAGGAGCUAGAUCUGGGCUGCACAGGAAGCGGGUAUGGCAUCCCCGAGCCUGGGGUUUAACGCGGCUCGGAAGAAAAGCACCGGGAGGACCGGAGCUGUGGAGAGGAGGAAUUUAAUCACCGUGUGCAGGUUCUCAGUGAAAACGCUUAUCGACCGGUCUUGUUAUGAAACUAUAGAUGACACAUCGCCGGAGUUCAUCAAUUUUGUCUCCAUUCUGGAGCAGAUCCUCAGCCAUCGGCUCAAAGGUCAGAUCACUUGGUUCGGCUAUGAGAGUCCACGUAGUUUCUGGGAUUUUGUGCGUGUGGCCUGCGGCAAAGUCCCUCACAGCUGCAUCCCAAGUAUUGAGAGCAUGGAGAAUGUUCGCAGUUCCAGAGCCAAGGGUCGUGCAUGGAUCCGAGUUGCCUUAAUGGAAAAACGGCUCUCUGAAUAUAUAUCUGCUGCCUUGAGAGACUUCAAAACCACAAGAAGGUUUUAUGAGGACGGUGCGAUAGUGCUGGGAGAGGAAGCUGGUGUGCUGGCAGAUACUCUUAUUGGACUAAACGCUAUUGAUUUCAGUUUUUGUUUGAAGGGCGAGAGUUUGGAUGGAAGCUGUCCUGCUGUGAUUGACUACACACCUUACCUCAAGUUCACACAAACCUCGGACAGCAUCAGCAGUGAUGAGGAGGAGAUGAGGACUCUGGGUAGCAGUGGCAGCGAGGCCAGCACUCCGGAGACCAACAUGGCCGCCUGCUUGAGCACGGACCUGAGCAGCUGGUACAGCAAGUGUAAAAGAGUGGAGCAGAAAUACAGAGUGGUGCUGGAACAAAAGGGUUAUCUGGAGGAGCUGGUUCGUCUGAGAGAGGCUCAGCUCUCCGAGUCUGUUUCCCAAAAUAAAGCCUUACUGCAGCGUUUCACAGAAGCUGGCAUCAACCAUAAACUGGAGAAAGAACAGCUGGAGUUCAUCAUCCUGGAGCUCCAGGACCAGCUCAGAACCGUACUGAAGAACCAUGACCUGCGAUCCCGACAGGAGCUCACCUCUCACCUGACCAAUCAGUGGCCCUCGCCUGGUGCCGUGGACAGCAACGCCGUCGCUCUGGACACUCUCCUUUACCAGAAGCGCACAGGACACUGGGAAGAAAAGAGCUUUCCGAGUCUAGACCAGCUAUCUGCUGAUAUGAGUCUGUCUCAGAUGUCCCUGGAGCCGGGACACACACACACGCACAGUCUGGAUGGCAAGACCGGACUCACCCCCUGGCACAGAGAAGGUAAAGAGGACACGCCGUCUCUCAGAGGUCUGUGUGGGUCUCUAACUUCAGUGGCCAGCUAUAAAUCUCUGGCCAGCCUGAAGUCCAGCGAGUAUCUGGCGAGUCCGACUGCAGAUAUGACCAGCCCGGGGCUUACUCCAUCCUAAACAUGCGCAUGCGCACACACACACUGUACAUAUACGUGUAUUAUAGAUAUUUAACCAUAAACUGAAAGCCUAGUAUUUAACUACUUUUUUUUUAAACAAUCUGUUAUUGAACCAGAUCUGACUGCACUGUGCUAGAUCACAUGAUCAAAGCUAAAUCAUGGAAACCUACCUUGACGUCAUCGUUAUUCCCUCAAGUCUUGCAGGGUGUUGGUGUCGGUGUCAGGCUACAAGCAAUGAGACGAUACUUUUGCACUUUUAUUUCUCUAUAUCCAUUAGUCACUAGUGAUUUCUUAAAUAAACAAAAUUGCUUGCAGAUCAUGAUUGUGCUUUUUUUUUUUUUUUAUACUGUACACUUGAUUACAUUCCAAAAUAGAACCAAUAAAUACGAUUUCUUCCAAACUCAUCAUGUUUCUUUGGUGGUUGUUGAUUUCGUAAAGAACGACGCAUCACCGUGCGAUUCAUAGAGC